AUGAGGCUCACGGCGGAGCUCAUCAAGGGCUCGCUCUCCUACCUGAAUCCGCUCAAGGAGCGAGAGCUUGAUCUCCGAGGACAUCGAAUCCCAGCGAUUGAGAACCUGGGUGUCGCAGGCCCCCACGACUCCAUCGACUUCACCGACAACGACAUCCAGGUCCUGGGCAACUUCCCGCUCUCGACGCGCCUCUCGACGCUGCUGCUGGCGCACAACCGUGUCGCGAGCAUACAGACGUCGCUCCCCAACGCGAUCCCGAACCUGCAGCAGCUCGUGCUGGCGUCGAACCAGAUUGCGCAGCUCGCGGACCUGGAUGUGUUGGCGGGGUUCAAGCGGUUGACGCAUUUGGUGUUGGUGGAUAACCCGGUGACCAAGAAGGAGAACUACCGAUACUGGGUUGUCUGGAGGUGUCCGACUGUGCGGUUCCUGGAUUACCAGAAAGUCAAGGAGGCCGAGAGGGAGAAGGCGAGGGAGCUGUUUGGUACGGCGGAGGAGCCUACAGAUGCGGCGGCCAAGAUCAUGGGCAACAAGUCCAAACAGCUCGACAUCGCCGCCGCAGCCUCCAAUGGCACGGCCGGUGGCGGCGCCGCGCCUUCGAAGCUCUCGAGGAUAAAGCUCACGGACAAGGAGAAGGAGCGGCUGAAGGAGAUGAUCAAGAAGGCCGACAGCCUGCAGGAGAUUAUCCGGCUGGAGAAGAUGUUGACCGAGGGAACUAUCCCGGCGGGUGUACACCUGGACGGGGACGCCACCAUGGAGGACUGA